AAAGUGAGUAUGAAUGCAUGUUUCUGUGUACAAGUGAAUGCAUUCUGGAUCCUGUUUUUUGGAAGGUGACACAGAUAGCGAAGAGGUACGUGCUGUCAGACCCCCGUAAAUUAUUUAGCCUGUGAAGGUAAUAGGAAGACAUUUUUACAGCCAGGUAUGUGAUGCAUGGUUUCCUAAUCGGAGUUUGCAAAUGCAGUCUUACUUGACAGGACCCUCAGUAGCUGCGUAGCAGCCACUGUGAUUGGAGACCACGGGCUGCUGUGGAGCUCAGACCUCACCUGCAGCCCUUGGCAGUGUAGGCAAGGCUGUGGCUGGGAGCACUGCUCAGGGUGGGCCUGGCAUGUGCCUGCUGCCUCAUCACAACUCCUUUGUCACUUCUGUGGGCUUUGGAUCAGACCCUAUGCUGCUUGCAGGGCUAGGUUGAGCUGUGCACAUCACCAUGCAAACUGUUGGGAUUCCUGCAGUGUGCAGCAUUGGCAUUGCUCAGAGAAACAAUGGAAAUCACAUCAAAUGAACUCAGUAGAAUUUGCUCUCUUUCUCCCUUCUCUUGCCCUCUUGCUUCUACUCCCUUUUGUCGUUGUCUUGUUUGCAGUCUGACUGCCCGUUGCUGCUUUUGUGGCAGUACACCCAUCUCAUUCACCUUUUCCCUCUGAAGGAAAGUCAGAGUUUUCCGAAUGCUUGCUGAGAUGGAGAGCAGCUCCUCACUGGUGAUGUUCGUCCUACUGAUGUGCUCCAUCAACAGCAGCUAUCCAUAUUCAUAUUCAGUGUUCAUGAGAAAAGAUGCAGCGCACGAGGUGCUGAGGGUCCAUAAACGUGCUAACUAUUUUCUGGAAGAGAUUCGCCCAGGGAACUUGGAGAGAGAAUGCAAUGAGGAGAAGUGCUCAUUUGAGGAGGCAAAAGAGAUCUUCCAUUCGCAGGAAAAAACGAUGGAGUUUUGGUUCAACUACAAAGGUUUAAAUCCAUGUACUACAAAUCCUUGUAAGAAUGGUGGAGUUUGCAAAAUAAGACGCUACAAUUACUUUUGCAUCUGUCCCCCGAAAUUUGGAGGGGACAACUGUGAAAAAGAGAAGUUGGAGUGCUGGUACAAGAACGGUGGCUGUGGGCAGUAUUGCCAGGACAGCAGCUCCUUCCAGGUGCAGUGCUCCUGCGCCAAGGACUACGCCCUGCACGAGGACGGGAAGAAGUGCGUGCAAGCAGCCCCAUUUCCAUGUGGCCUGAUUAGAAGCCGGCGUGCGUUGGAGGAAGCGCGGCACGAGGUGGUCACUUGGAACAGGAGCAUGGCCCAUGCAGUUAAACAGGCCAAGGUGGAUCAAAGUGCUGCCUGGGAAAAGGGAGUUUUGAAGAAUGCAUCUGAGCACAGAACAGCCACACAGGACACUGCUGGCCAAGAGGUGGGAGGAGGUGCUUCCAGCUGCAAUGCAAGCCCGGUGACCUCUGCUCCCCAGCAGCAGGUGGAUUCUGCUGGGCAGGAAGGUGGGAGCCCCAAGCAGCAGCCCACAGAGGGACCGACCUGGCACAAUGGGACAAUAGUGGCUGCUGCCAGGCAGGAGGAAGUGGUGGAGAACACCUCCAUGCAGAACCAGACCGGGCAGAGCACUGGGCAGAAUGAAACAGGAGCAGUUCAGCAUGUGCGUGGUGGCUUCAAUGAGAGUGACGAUGCAGGAGCUGCUUCAGCCACACUUCAGUAUCCCCAGGGAAACGCCAGCACUCCCUCAAAGCACAGUGACCCCAGGAUCACUGGAGGAACUUUGUGUCAUCGGGGACAGUGCCCCUGGCAGGUUUUGAUCCGUGACAGCAGAGAUAUUGGUUUCUGUGGAGGGAGCCUCAUCAACAGUCGCUGGGUAAUCACAGCCGCUCACUGCCUCGAUCUUGUCAGCCCUCACCAUGUUACCAUAGGUGACUUUGACAAGUAUCAGAGAGAACUGAAGGAGCAGAAGAUAGGCGUGGAACGGAGCUGGACCCACCCCCAUUACGAUUCCAACAACUACAAUGGUGACAUUGCCUUGCUGUACUUGAGCAGCGAGGUCAUUUUCAAUGAGUACGCCAUUCCCAUCUGCCUGCCCAGCCCCAACCUGGCAGCGCUGCUGGCUGAGGAAGGGCAAGUGGGGAUGGUCAGUGGGUGGGGUGCCACCCACAGCCGGGGCUCCACACUGCGCUUCCUCAUGCGGGUGCGGCUGCCCAUUGUGAGCAUGGACAUGUGCCAGCAGUCCACAAAGAGGCUCAUCACUGACAACAUGUUCUGUGCUGGCUACGGCACGGAAGCUGCGGAUGCCUGCAAGGGUGACAGCGGAGGCCCUUUUGCCGCAUCUUACCAAAACACUUGGUUCCUGCUUGGCAUUGUAAGCUGGGGUGAUGGCUGUGCUGAAAGAGGGAAAUACGGUGUGUAUACAAGAGUAUCCAACUACAUCCCCUGGAUUAAAGAGACCGUUGAAAGUGUGGCAGAUUCAGAAAAGUUUUCCAUUAGCUUUUCUUAAUUGCAACCUUAAAAACGGACAAUUCUUUCAGUACAGCAUUUCAGUCUGAUGAGCUAUUCCUUUCCUGUCUCUGAUGAUACAAAGCCAGGUUUGUCUUUAAAGAAAUGUUGAGUCUCAAUUUACCCUAAUCCGUUAAAUUGUUUGUUUAAGUAAGUAUUACAAAGCAAAAAAAAGAUAUAAUAAAGAACUAUUGCCGCAAUAGCA